AAAGGGUUUAGUGAAAUCUCGAGUCUCUUCCGAUGACAUCCGCCGCCGCUAAACUCUCCCGACGUGGAGCUCUUGGAACCAGACGUCUCCUAAACCCUAAUCUCACCUCUCCUCCCUUCUCCGAAACCGAAACCAAAACCAAAUCACUCCUGUCUGAUUUUCAGAAUCUAAACCCUCAGCUGAAAAACGCCGUCUCACAUUUCCAGCAAGCACUCAACUCCGGAGUCUCUAUUUCUCCCCUCGGAAACAAUCUCAUAACGUCUCUCGUACGUUCCAGAAACCACAAGCUCGCACUCUCCGUCUACCGCAAGAUGCUUGAGACCAACGCUUUCAUCAACUUCGUCUCCCUGAGUGGAUUACUCGAAUGUUUCAUCCAAUUACAUCACAAUACUAAUUUCGCUGUUGGUGUUUUGGCCGUGAUGCUCAAGCGAGGGUUUACUUUCAACGUUUACAAUGUUAAUAUUAUCUUGAAAGGCUUAUGUAAGAAUCUUGAGUUUGGUAAAGCUCUUACCUUGCUUAGGGAUAUGAAGUUGAAUUCGAUUGGGCCUGAUGUUGUGAGUUAUAACACUGUUUUAAGAGGUUUAUGUGAAGGGAAGGAGUUGGAGAAAGCUUUGGAGUUGGCUAAGGAGAUGGAUUCUUGGAGUUUGGUUACUUGUGGGAUUCUUGUUGAUGGGUUUUGUAAAGAUGGGAAGAUGGGAGAAGCUAUGGAUUUUUUAAAAGAGAUGAGAGUUAGUAAAGGUUUGGAACCGGAUCUUGUUUUGUAUACUACACUGAUCAGAGGCUUCUGUGAUUGUGGUGAGGUGGAUAGAGCUAAGGAGGUUUUUGAUGAGGUUAUGGAGAAAGGGUUUUCUCCCUCUGCGAUUACUUACAACACUCUUAUCCAAGGGUUUUGUAAGUUAGGUCAGAUGAGAGAAGCUUCGGAGAUGUUUCAGGUAAUGAAGGAGCGUGGGGUUCGUCCGAAUGUUUAUACUUAUACGGGUUUGAUUGGUGGUCUUUGUGGAGUUGGUAAGACUAAGGAAGCUCUUCAGCUUUUGAACCUCAUGUUGGAGAAUGGUGAAGAGCCUAACGUGGUGACUUAUAACGUGAUUCUUACCAAGCUGUGCAAGGACGGCCUUGUGGGGGAAGCUUUAGAGGUUGUUGAGUUGAUGAAGAAGAGGGGUACAAGACCUGAUAUCAUAGCGUAUAAUAUUUUACUGGGUGGACUCUGUGCCAAAGGUGAGUUGGAGGAAGCAAGCAAGCUUCUGUGUUUACUGGUGAAUGAUAGGAACUAUCCGGAUCCUGAUGUUAGAUCGUUUAAUGCGUUAAUCCACGGGCUGUGUGAGGAAAACAAUCUCCCUGAAGCUUUGGAGUUUUAUGAUUUGCUGGUUGAGAGAUUGGGUGCUGCAGAUAUAGUGACUACUAAUAUAUUGCUUAAAGGCACUCUAAAGUCUGGAGAUGUUAAGAAGGCAAUAGAGCUUUGGAAACAGAUCCCUGUUCCAAACUCAGAUAUCUAUUCUACUAUGAUUGAUGGGUUCUGCAAAACCGGCAUGCUUAAUGUUGCUAAAGGAUUGUUCUGUAAAAUGAGAGGGUCUGAGCUACGUCCUAGUGUUUAUGACUACAACUGUCUGUUUUCAUCAUUGUGCAAAGAGGGAAGCUUGGACCAGGCAUGGAGAUUGUUUGAGGAAAUGCAGCGUGAUGACAGCUUACCAGACAUUGUUUCUUUCAAUAUUAUGAUUGAUGGAAGUCUUAGAGCAGGGGAUAUUGAAUCUGCAGAAUCGCUUCUAGUUGAGAUGUCUCAAGCUGGUCUUUCUCCUGAUUUGUUUACUUAUUCGAAAUUGAUAAAUAGGUUCCUGAAACUCGGAUAUUUAGACGAGGCUAUUGGUUACUUUGACAAAAUGGUUGAGAGUGGGUUUGAGCCUGAUGCUCAUAUUUGCGAUUCUGUGUUGAAGUAUUGUAUCUCACAGGGAGAUUCAGACAAGUUGAGGGAACUUGUUGAAAAACUGGUGGAGAAAGAUAUUGUUCUUGACAAAGAGCUGACGUGUACGGUCAUGGAGUACAUGUGUAGCAGCUCAGGAAACAUGGAUCCUGUAAGGCGGUUGCUAAGUAUAGCAAAUGAUAAAGAGAAAAGGGAUUAAGUAGAGCACGUAGUCAUGUUUGUGCGUUUGGAAUGCUCUGUAGA